CAUAUGAUUUUGUUUUGACUUCGUUUUUUUUUGUUUUUCCCAACAAAACUCGUGCAAAUUGUUUAAUUUAGUAAUUAGGUAUUAAGAACCCGUGCAAUAACUAGUUUUAGAGUAGCCACCCCAAACGGUGACUGACCGAGCAAGCGAUUGACCACACCGGCGAUUGGAGAGCGUGAUUCGGCCUUUUGGGGGCCAGAAACAUGUCAGCAGCCGUGGCCGAGCACUGUUUGUUGUUGUUGUUGGUGCUGGUGGUGCCUGUUGCCAGGCAACGAAAAACGCAAACACAACAAGUUACGGUUACGUCGCUGUUCGGGCCACUUCCUUCCGGUCUCAUUUCUGCCCCGUAAUACAAUUUUCCACAUUCUCCAACUGCGCGGAACCCCAAAGGAACCAAGAAACCCCCAAGAAAAAUAAUAAUUCCUAUAGGAAUCCCUGGAGUCGCAAGUGAAGGAUUCCCAUUCGGAGGAACAUUUUGAUGUACCUGGAAACUGGAGCAGAGCUCCGGGAUACUCUUUUGGAUACUUACCACGACGUAAUGCAGCAGCAACCACAAGAGGCAAGGAAACCUACAGAAUCAAGUGAAUAAAAUAAACCUACGCACCACCGCCAUUGCCUUACGUCCGAAAGAGACGGCAGCACAGAGGAAAGAAAGAGAGAUAGAGGGAGCGAGCUUAAAAGCCAAGGAAUUUCACACUGAAAGUGCAACGAAAAGGAAGGAAGAAAGGAGGAACCUAAACAAAGUAGAAAUAAAUAGAACUGUAAGCAAAUGACCACGCGCCUGGCACCCCAGCGUCAGUUCAUCAUUUCGACGCGCUCUGCCGUGGCCAGUGCCAGCGCCAGUGGCGUCGUUGUGGAUGCCAUCCAGGCGGAGACAGUGGAGGAGCUGCAGCAGCAACAGCAGCAGCUGCUGCAGGAGGAUGUGCUGACCGUUGAGGUGGAGAACAGCAACACCAACAACAACAACCACACCACAGCGAGCUCCGUGAACGCAUCGCCCACGCAUGCCGAGCAGUUCGAGUUCUGCACGGAGGAUGGUGUUGUUGUCUCCGCCACCCUGGAGGAUGUCAUGACGCAGAACUGCCAGCUUCUGCAGAAGAAAUUAAGCGAAGGCGACGACUCAGUCACGGGCAAUGCCACGGCAGCCGAGCAGCUGGAGGUGAUACGCGUCGUCCUGCCCAUGGAUGCCAGCGACUCGAGCAACGAGGCUCACACCCAUAUUCAUGGGCAUUUGGUCAACAGCAGCAGCAGCGACAUCGCCGGAACCAUCACCACCACAGAGCCCAAUGGCAGCACCAUCACCCACUCCAUACCCAUACACAGCAUGGCGGACCUAAGCGCCAUCAAGAAUGGCGUCGAUCUGGCCCAGCAGGUGGCCAAUGGCCAAGUGACCGUGGUGCAGACCACAGAGGAUGAUGACGGCACGCCAUUCAUCACCGUUACGGUUUCCGGCCAGGAGCAGAACUACCAGGUGCAAUAUGUGGACUCGGAGCUGUACCACAGCAACUCCAGCCAGACGCAAAUGACAUAUCCGUUCUGCCCGGUGGGCGAUUACCAGGGCAAUGGUCAGACAUACUACUCGACCACGUCGACGGGCCAGUAUGCGGCGACGACGCCGUCGGCUGGGGGCAGUACGGCGGGCAAUGCGGCCCACUCCACGACACUGCCCUACCUGGUGCCCGUGGAGGAGGGCCUGCUGCUGAAUGGCUCCUCGCAGUCGCACAGCCGCGACUCGCCACACAGCCUGACGGUGAGUAGGGAGCGGGGACGGGAGUGGGAGCCACCUGAGCCAACUGUGACAACAUUGACUAACCCUUGGGCCACCCUUGGGCUGCAGCACGAGGUUGCCUACAUCCAGGAGGCACAGAGCACGCCCCAGACGCCCACCUCGACGACAACCACCAACUCGGCCAGCGGCGGCAGCCUCGGGACGGGCGGCGGAGGCGCCUCACCCGAUUCGGAUCAGAGUGCGCUCGGCAACAGCAACAAGAUUGCCUCGGCAACGAUCAAAUGGUUGUCACGCAACUACGAGACGGCCGACGGUGUCAGCCUGCCCAGGUCCACCCUGUACAACCACUACAUGCAGCAUUGCAACGAGCAGAAGCUGGAGCCCGUGAAUGCAGCCAGUUUCGGCAAGCUGAUACGCUCCGUGUUCUCCGGCCUGCGCACACGUCGCCUGGGUACGCGCGGCAACUCCAAGUACCACUACUAUGGCAUUCGCAUCAAGCCUGGCUCCCUGCUGAAUCACCACUCCAUGGAGGACAACAAGUCGAUGCACGGCUACGGGCCAGUCUCCCGCAACGGGGCCCUGGUUAACGUCAGCAGCAGCACCUCCAGCCAGAUGGCGGGCUCCAAUGGCAGCAUGGGCAUGGCCGGAUCCACCAGCCAGCGGAACGGCACGUCCAAAAAGCACAGCUUCAAGCCAGAGACCUACGAGGCAUGCAUCCAGUACAUUGGCGAUGGAAGCAGCGCUCUACCCUCGUUUCCGCCAAUCGAGCUGAGUCACAGCUUCAGCACUGAGCUAACGCUGGAGGAUGUGGACACGUUUAGGGCCCUGUACCGUGAGCACUGCGAGUCCUUCCUGGAUGCUGUGCUGAAUCUGGAAUUUGGCACCGUGGAGUUUCUGCUGCGCGACUUCUGGCGUGCCAGCGACAACAACAAUCUGGAGGAGUGCGAGGAGGAGAAGUACUUGAGCAAGACGAAGCUGUAUCUGUUGUGCCACUGCGCAGAAGUGCAAAAAUUCGUACGCGAGGUGGACUAUCAGUUUUACCAGAACACAGUGGAUGUCAUUAUUCCCGAUGUGCUGCGCUCCAUACCGAAUGCCCUGACCCAAGCCAUACGUAAUUUUGCCAAGAACCUGGAGCUGUGGCUGUGCGAGAGCAUGAUGGGUGUGCCGGAGCAGUUGGCCCAGAUCAAGACCAGCUCCGUCUCCGCCUUCUGCCAGACACUGCGUCGCUACACCUCACUCAAUCAUUUGGCGCAGGCCGCACGUGCCGUGCUCCAGAACGGAGCACAAAUCUCCCAAAUGUUGAGCGAUCUGAAUCGCGUGGAUUUCCACAAUGUACAGGAACAAGCCGCCUGGGUGAGUCAGUGUGCUCCGUCUGUGGUGCAGAGAUUGGAGAGCGACUUCAAGGCCGCACUGCAGCAACAGAGCUCGCUGGAGCAGUGGGCCAGCUGGCUGCAGCUCGUGGUCGAGUCAGCCAUGGAGGAGUAUACGGGCAAGCCAACAUAUGCACGUGCCGCCCGUCAAUUCCUGCUCAAGUGGAGCUUCUACAGCUCGAUGAUCAUUCGGGACUUGACGCUGCGCUCGGCCUCAAGCUUUGGCAGCUUCCACCUGAUAAGAUUGCUGUUCGAUGAGUACAUGUUCUAUCUGGUGGAGCACAAGAUAGCCGAGGCGCAGCAGAAGACGGCCAUAGCGGUUAUAUGUGAGCGCAUGAAGAAAGAGAUGGACUUUGAAUUCGAGUGCCAGUUUGCGUACAUAACCAGCGAAACGGAGCAGCAGCAGAAUACUCCCAGUUCGGUCAGUGGCGGGGAUGUUGGCAACGAGGCGAAGCGACUGAAGCAGGAAUGAGUUGAGGAAAUGGAAGUGAAAGUGGAAGUGGAAGCAAUGAAACUAGUAUUCAUAGUAAACGAUUUUAUGUAAUCCGUUAAAGCGUAAUUGUUAUCCCGAUCAGUGUGCACCAGUCCCCCUGUCACCCAUAUAUUCAGCUCUGCAUUUAAUAGUCGAUGUACCCGUGUGUUGUACGUGUCCGUGUGUUAGUUUGUAGUCCUAAGUUCCCAGACUCUAAGCGUAGUCAGUCGUCGAUCAGUUUUAGUAAUAACAUUCUAGGCAGACUCAAGACUCAUAGCUAUGAGUGAGAGAUACGAGCAUUGCCCCCGCAUUGAAGUGAAGAGCCGUCCAGCAGGCAGGAGGCAGCCGGCGGCAGCAAGGCGUAAGCCGCAAAAGCAACGCCUGGCCUUGCCUGCCCGCCCGCCCGAUCAACUGAUCUGAUCUCUGAUCGAUCCGUGUAUUCAUAAGAUACAUUUUAGUUUAAGUACAUGUGCAUUAAUAUCUGUAAUUUAUGUCUAACUCAAACGUCUAUUGUCUACUGUCGUCUACUACAGCUGUCAGCGAUAAUGUUAAUUCCUUGUGUUUGUUUAAGAGCGGAGAAUGCAUCAGUUUUGUCUGGUUUCAAUGAACUAACUUGUAUCUUGUAUCUUGUAUCUUGUAUGUCACAGCGCACAGCGCACGGCGCACAUUCGCACACAUAGAUACACAGAACACACACAAAGACACCCACACACAUUGAUCACUUCACGCACACUGAAAGCGAAAGCGAGAGAGUUCGAUUUUAUAGAUUUUAGCGAAA